AUGGACUACCUGACCCUAAAUCAGACCACACCACCUGGAUACUCGUACCUCGACAACCCCCGCCCUGAACGUCGGGGAGGAGACAUCGCAGUCAUCUUCCAGUACAACCUCAAUCUUUGCCCUAUCUCCAUCCCUGCCACUACCUCAUUCGAACACCUGGUCUUCAGACUCUCUGGUUCACAAUCUCCCAUUGUUGGCAUUAUAUACCGCCCCCCCAAAACCUGUACUUCAUUCCUUUCAGACUUUACAGACUUCUACACACAGCUCUCCUCCAUCUCUCCCUCUGUUCUCCUCCUUGGAGAUUUCAACAUCCAUGUUGAUAAUCCACACUCCAAAUUCACAGCCGAUUUUCUGGACAUUUUAAACUGCCUAAACCUCACCCAGUAUGUAAACUCUCCCACUCACUCUCAUGGUCAUAUUCUCGAUCUCAUCUGCUCCUCUGCCUCAUUAUCAAUCGAUUAUAUCACUCUCACAGACCUCACCCUCUCCGACCACCUAGCCGUCACCGUCGAUAUUGCCAUACCCAGUCAAACUCCCAAACAAACACGCAAAAUAACAUACCGCAAACCCCUCAGCCCCACUACAUUUGCCUCCUCCGUAACUACUACUUUAUCCUCUUCCCCUCACCCCCGUCCUGACUCAUCCACCUCAGAACUCGUCGACCAUCAUAAUCAGAUCCUCUCCUCCUGCCUGAACCAGUUCGCUCCCCUCAAAACUGCCACAGUCUCCUUUUCCACCUCUGCUCCUUGGUACACCCCAGACCUUCACAACCUCAAGAAGAAACGCAGACAGCUUGAAAGACUCCACGCCAAGACUGGUCUUACUGUUCAUGCCGAAGCCUGCAAAUACUUCACCAACACCUACAACACCGCUCUCAAAUCCGCCCGUUCUGAUUAUUUCUCUCAGCUGAUCCGCUCCAAUUCCUCUAACUCACGCACUCUAGCUCUUCCUCUCACCAUCUCUCCUUUGAAACCCAUUCCCCUGUCGACCUAUCCAGAAAUCACAGGCUUUCCUCCUUCUCCCUGCUCUCAACAACCAACACCGCCAAGCUCCUCUCUAACAUGA